UCCGAAUAUCGUCAGUCCGUCACAAAGAGCGACAGAGUCGGGUGGGUCGAGCGGUCAGCCUCGGGCGAGAGACGAAGCCCUAUGGUUACGAGAUCAGAUCUGAUGCAGUCGUGUUAGCUCUGGACGCUUUCUUACCCAUCGAUCUCUUCACGUUAACUAGUCGCCGGUCGUGAAGCCGAUAGUUCAGUGCGAUUUCGCAGUACAAAAGAGACUUGUGAUAUUUUUCUAGUAUAACAGUUCCGUACCGGAACGCCUUAGUUCUUUCCGUUUAAAAAGUGUACAAUAUAAGUAAAAAUUUGGAGAACAUGGAGAUCCUGCCGGUCACGAGUCAGUUUAACGUCGGAUUCAGUGGUGAAAAAGCAUGGAAUGGGCCAACAUGGCGGGAAGCGCCGGUGCCGGCUCCGACGGAGGCGGCGCUGGCUCAGAGGUUGGAGAGGGAGUUGCGGGCGGCCAAAGGUGCUAGCGAGCUAGCCACGGCCGAGGUGCUGGUGCCGGCCGAGCUGCUGGCGCGAGCAUCGCGACAAACCUUGGCGUUGGCGGAGGGCGAGCCUUGCGGGUCGCGCGGCGCGGCUGUCAUCGUGGAUGUGGCCGGCCGCCGCCUAGCAGCCUUCAAGAUAGAUCCCAACACCCUCACCACGCACGAGAUACAUCUGCAUCUGGAACACGAUGCCACUAACUGGACCAGCCUGUUACCGCAGUUCUUAAAAAAUCUAACGCGAGGCGGUACCAUCAUUAUAAGCCCCCAGUUCACGAUAGAAAAGAAGAAAUUGUUCCGAAGCCAGGCGGAGUGAGGCGGCUCGCGCGCGCGGGCCGGCCGACCGAUCGCCCAUCUCGAAGUCUGCGUAUCGUUACUUUAAAAAUAUCAAUAUUAUAUGUAUAUUAAUUAUUAUAUAUUUUUAAAAGAUGAAAAAAGCACAGCGUGAUAUAUGUAUAGUCGUAGAGUAAGGACGGCGCGAGCGUCGCCGCUAGUGAUGUCCAGAGCACUUUAUGCGGUUGCCGAUAAAGUGCGUGCGUUGGGCGCGACGCGAGCGCGAGUCGCAGCGCCGGCCGGGCUCACGUUGUCUGUGUACGUGCGAGUGGUAUGUUGUGUAGAGUGCGUGGCGCGGCGGCGUUAGGUGCGCACCAUGAUCUCAGUCGUCGCCGCGCGUGUGAUACCUUGGUCGAUUUAGUGUUACGUAUUAUUUUUGUUUGUUUCGAGUUCGAUUCUAUUCUGAAGUUGCGUAGAGUUGGUAUAUUUCACGUAUCGUAAUCGUAUUUAUUAGAGGCGAUCUCUGAUCGAGAUCGGGAUAUGUGUACGUUUUUUCGUAAUUGUACUAGUUCGUACAUUUGUUUGUGAUACUACUUUUGUAAUGUAUAAAUUUUAAAUGAGAGUAAUAUACUGUAAUAUGUAAGCGUAAGCGAGCACGCGGCAGAUGAAGUGUUAGAGAUGUAUAGAGAGAGGA